AUGCGCGGGACCAAGUACCAGACGAUCGAGGACCGGCGGGUCCGGGACGUGGAGAUCGUGCAUCCGGUGGCGGGCGCGUCGGUCUUCUCGCUCGUCUUCUUCCGCUGGGCCAACCCGCUCAUGGACCGCAGCCAGGAGAACCCGCUGGAGGCGCCGGACCUCUGGCCCCUCGCCCGCGACAACCAGUGCAAGCACGUCAGCGCCAAGUUCGAGGCCAAGUUCCGCCAGACCAAGAGCUUUGUCACGACGUUCCUCUCGAUCUUUGGCUGGCGCUUCCUCUUCAUCGGCGUCCUGCAGUUCCUCACGGUCGCCGCAACGCUCUACGGCCCGUACGUGCUUUACCAAGUCGUCGGCGCCAUCGAGACGAAAGCCAACGCGUCGGCGUCGUACCUCUGCGCGCUCGUCUUCUCGCUCUUCGUGGUCAAGGCGGCGCAGGCCUUUCUCUCGACGCACACGGCCUUCCAGAACGAAGCCAUCGUGCUCCGGUUCACGUCGGCGGUCCAGCAGCUCGUGUUCCAGAAGGCGCUGCUGCUCGACGCGAAAGCACAGAAGGAGAAGACGCCAGCCGAUGUCACCAACCUCUUUACGUCCGACAUCAUGUGGAUCAUCAGCGCAGCGUACUACACGCAUCAGGCGUGGAUCAUCCCGGCGCAGCUCGGCGCGAUCCUCUACUUUCUCUACCACCUUCUCGGGUAUGCAUCCUUCAUCGGCGCCGUCAUCAUCGUCGUGACGCUCGGCCUCAACAACGGUCUCGUCUCGUGGCAGCGGCGCUUCUGGAAGCGCUUCAUGCAUUUCAAGGCUGUGCGUGCGCGCGCGGUCCUUGCAUAUUUUGCGCCGCCGCCGCCACCGAUGCCCCGCACGCCCAAGACCAUCGAGUCCGACUCGGAGAAGGACGCGUCGCUGAAAGACGAUACGGCCACGGAGCACAGCUCGUCGAGCAAGGACGUUCUCAAGGACGACGAAGGGUCGGCGGCGGCCGUCGAGGCCGCGCGUUCGUCCGAGCUCUCGCAACUCGGUCGCGCCUUCUCGGUGGCCGCGGGUGUCACGGCGCUCCUCUACUCGGCACCCGUCCUCGUGACGACCGCGUCGCUUGCGUUCUACACACUCGUGCAGCACGAGAGCGUGACUGCCGCCAAGGUCUUUACGGCGCUCGCACUCUUCCGGUCGCUGCGUGGCCCGCUCAUUGGGCUGCCGCAGAUCGUCGGCAACAUCAUGCAGGCCAUCAUCGCGCACCGUCGGCUCAUGGCGUUCAUGGGCAUGAGCGAGAAGAACGCCAAGGCCGUCACGUCGCCGAACGAGCUCAGCGCAUCGCAGUACCGCAGCUUUGCUGCCAACCAGAUUGACAUUGCGAUCGAGCACGGGUCCUUUGGGUGGGACGCCGACAAGCCCGUGUUUGCGGCCCUGAAUCUCAGCGUCAAGCGCGGCGAGACGAUCGUGCUCCAUGGCGCCAUCGGCCAAGGCAAGUCGUCGCUCCUCUCGGCGCUGCUCGGCGAACUCGACCUCUACGAAGGCUUUGUGUUUGUGGGCGGCCGCGUCGCGUACUGCCCGCAAUCGCCAUGGCUUCUCCACGCGUCGAUCCAGGACAACAUCCUCUUUGGCAAGCCGUUCGAGCACAAGCGCUAUAGCGUCGUGCUGGACGCGUGCCAUCUGCGCGAGGACAUCCGCCCAUUGCGCCUCGGCGACAAGACGGUCGCGACCACCCACGGUCUCUCGCCGUCCUUCCAAGCCAAGAUUGCCCUAGCCCGUGCAUGCUACAACGACGCCGACAUUUACCUCUUGGAUAUGAACGUGCACAUGGACGUCCAGCUCUUCCAGUCGGUCGUGCUCGGCCUCCUCCGCCACAAGACGGUCCUCCUCGUGUCGCUGCACCCGGACAUCGUGCAUAGCAAGUCGAUCAACCGCGCGCUCGAGCUCGUCAACCGCGAUCUUGUCACGACGUUCGAGAACCCGCACUUGGCCAAGGUCGCGGCCAUGGCGCUGCCAGCGCUCCCCGCGCGCAAGGGCUUCUGGGACGAACACCACGCGGCGCUGGAGGCCGACACGUCGUCGCUCACGAGCGGCUUUGAGGCGCCGGAUGCGCUCAUGUCGCCGUCGCUUCGGUCGCCGUACGGCUUUCUGUCCGAGGAGCACAGCUACACGAUGGACGAGCACGCACACCCGACGCUACUCUCCUCCAGCAAGGAGACGCCGCGGGUCGGGACGGCCACGUAUCUCGCGUACCUCUCGGCGGCGGGCUGGCUCCUCAUGCUCUUCCUUUUGAUCGUGCAAGCGCUGUGGCAGAGCCUCCAGGUCGCGAGCGACCUCUGGCUCGGCCACUGGUGCAGCCUCCAGCCGCUUGUCGACGCCAACACGUUCUUAAACCCGAGCUCGCACAAUGCGACGACGCGCAACGACACCAUGAUUGUGUUUCCGGGCCACGACAUGGACGUGCCCUUGGCGCGGCAGUCCGCAUCCGCCUUUGCGACCUACCACAUGCAAGUGUACGCGAUCCUCGCCGGCGCGAGCGUCCUCAUGGUCGUCUUCCGGACGCUGGCCACGUCCUGCGCCGGCCUCCGUGCGUCCCGAAGCUUGUUCCACGGGCUCAAGGCCGCGACGCUCGUACCCUCAGCCGUGCCGCCCGUCUCGAGCGAACUCCUCAGCGUCUACAACAGCGACAUGGUCACGCUCGACACCAAGCUGCCGUUCGCGGCCGGCGCGCUCCUCGCCAACGUCUUCAUCGCGGCGUUCGCGUUGGGCACGUCCAUGUGGUUUCUACAGUCGUCGGCGCUCCCGAUGGGCCUCGUGCUCUACGGCUACUACUACGUGAGUGCCUACUACGUCAAGCCGCUCCAGGACAUUGACCGCCUCUCGCGCACAACGCGGGGCCCGCAUCUGCACUUUGUGACGGAAGCGAUCACGGGGGCGGUCGUGGUGCGCGCGUUUGGGCCCAAGCAGACGCGGCGCUUCCACCGCCUCCACAUGACGCACGUCAACGCGCACCAAGAGGCGAGCUACGUGCACGAGACGCUCCUGCAGUGGUUCUCGCUGCGCAUGCAGCUGCUGCACGCGCUUCUGAUGCUGGUGAUGCUCCUCGCACUCGUCUCGCUGCGCCACGCGCUCUCGCCCGGCAUCAUUGGCCUCGUCUUCAACUACGCGCUCCUCGUGCCGCCCCACGUCGAGUUCAUCGUCAACGUCUGGUCGAGUCUGGCCGCCGCCAUGGGCAGCGUCGCGCACGUCUUGACAGCGACCGACCCGACGGCCCGCGUGUAG